AUGUCCCCGCCUCGCGCGAACGGCACAAAUGGCAACAACCACGUUGAGGCUGCAGAUCUGAACAAGAAUCCUCCAGUCCCCGUCGACGAUGAUGCCGCCGAAAGGCUGCAAGAACUGAACCUUGAGAUACUUUCGCCGUCCACGCGAGCCAUCCACGCCGACGACGCCCUCAAUGUGCUCGCAGACGUCGCACCACCCGUCCAUGUCAGUACAACUUUUCGCUACGCAAAAGACCCUGCAAACUUGACGCCCUCCCACCUACGCAGUGACCCUCUUGGAUCAACAGAACACAUCUAUUCCAGAUACUCGACACAUUCGACAUCACGCCUAGAGACGAUACUCGAGACCCUUCUGCACGCUCCCUGCCUGACGUACUCUUCUGGUCUGUCGGCAUUCUAUGCUCUGCUCGUCUUCCUCCGUCCUAAGCGGGUGGCUAUCGGCGACGGCUACCAUGGAUGCCAUGGCGUGCUUGACCUGUAUAUGCGUACGUCGAAGUGCGAGAAACUCCCGCUGGACUGCAAGCCAGAAGAGCUAGACGAAGGCAACUUGAUCGCUUUGGAAACACCUGUCAAUCCGACUGGCAAGGCCUUCAACAUCCAGCACUACGCAGACAUAGCUCGUUCACGACGCGCAUAUCUCAUGGUCGACUCAACGUUCGCGCCGCCUCCUCUACAGGACCCUUUCAGGCAUGGCGCAGAUUUUGUGAUGCACUCUGGCACGAAAUAUAUCGGCGGGCAUUCUGACAUGCUCUGCGGUGUUCUGGCUGUGAAGAACAAGGCCUCGUUAGCACCAAUGAAGAAAGACCGGCAUUUCUUAGGCUCAGUCAUGGGUGGCCUCGAGGGCUGGCUCGGUGUCAGGAGUGUGCGGACAUUAGAGCUUAGAGUUAUGAGACAGGCGGAUACUGCUGAGCGCAUAGUCCAAGCAUUAGAUUAUGCGCUUAGUGGUCAUAGUGUGGGCACAGGCCUCUCGAAAUCUGAUGUGGAGGCUAUCCAAGCUGUUGUCAGGGAGGUCCACCAUGCAAGUUUACAAGAGGCCGACAAGAAGACGUGGUUGCGAAAGCAGAUGCCUAAGGGGUAUGGUCCUGUGUUCUCCAUCGUGAUGAAGGAAGACGUCUUUGCAAAGCACCUGCCAAGCAAGCUGAACCUCUUCCACCAUGCCACGAGUUUGGGAGGCGUGGAGAGCUUGAUCGAAUGGCGUACUAUGUCAGAUGCAACCGUUUCGCCAGACAUGCUCCGAGUAAGCAUAGGCAUCGAAGACUAUCAAGAUCUUCUGGACGAUCUGCUGCAGGCAUUCCGGGAGGUAGCCAAGCUGAGACAGUCAUAG